AUGGCGGAGAAGGAAGGGGAAUCUUUCCAAUUGAAUAUUCUUGUGGGGAAAUUCGCUCCCACAAUCUUGCACCUGAGAAGAGGUUUGCUUUGUUUUGUUGCGUUUUGGAUGGCUCAUUCAAGGUCAGUAAAACUCUAUGACUUGCCUGGUUUAAUCGAGCUUUUAGAAAAUAGAUCAUGA